AUGACUGAAAUUGAGCUUUCCCACCGUCUGCAGCAAAUUCAGUGGGCGUGUUCAUUAACCCCUCCGCAACUCGAGAGGAUUGUGAAGAUCAUUAAAAAGGUCGAUCCUUCAUUCGUUCUGGAUGAGCUUCCUGGUGACGUGUCCUCCGUGUCUGAGGAUACACUUCGCGAAGUGCAUGCGCUUGUGAGCGAUUCUUUGCCGUCAGAAUUAGCAGCCCAACCGGCGGAGCCUGUUCCUCGGUUUGAGACAGAGGUGCCCGUCCCCGAGCCUCAAUGGUAUCGCCCCGAAAAUCCGUAUUUUCGCGAUAUGCUCGAUGCGUUUAAGCAUCUCGAAGACCUGUCGAUGCCUGGUCACGAAUUACAGCUCAAGAUGGAAGAGGCCAUGCUUGAUCUUGGUGCUGAUCGCGUGCUUCAAUCGGUCGAUACAAAUGCUGCCACUCGAAUCCUGGGCGGGCAGCGAAUGGAGCAAUUGCAACAGCGCUGGUUGCUGGCUGUCGUUGCUCACAUGACCAACUCACCGAAUCCGGUUUACGCCCCGCUUCUCGAGGUGCUUUCCCGUCGCAAGCUCGCCUCAAUCGCGAUUAGCACAUUGACGCGUGAGGUCGUCGGAUCCGCUGGUUGUCGUCACGUUCUUGCUGCUUCGCACAUUGGUCGUCAAGUGCACAUGGCCUAUUCGUUGAAGCGUCUUGGAGCUGGCGGAAACGAGUUUGCGCGGCUUGCUGCCAGUUUCCCGAAAUUCAUGGCCAAGUUCAAGAAAUCAGCCAUGCCCGGCAAAGUUGUUCCCGAUCACGUCGUGUGGAAGACCUUUAUUCAACAUCAUCUCAUCGGAGUCAAGGCCGUUUCUGUGCCUGAUUGGUCGGAAGAUACUUUUGUGGCGAUUGGAGGUGCGCUUCUCUCACACCUCAUAGCCGCGGCUGAGAUUCGGCCUGGAAUGGCGGAUGUCGUAGAUUUUGUGCCGCACGUGGAACAUAAUCGCAAGGUGACCAUGCUCUGUCCUAACGAGCACUUGGUGCAGUUUUUCAAGGUGCAUCCUCGCGACGUUCGUAAUCAGACCUUCCAAUUCGCGAAAAUGCUUCCCAUGGUUGUUCCACCCAUUCCUUGGAUCUCACACAACCAUGGUGGCUACCUCUUGUUGAGCGCCACUGGCCGCAGUACGCUGAUGCGUACCAUUCACAACGACCAGCGACGAAUCCUGAAGCUUUCGCAAAACCGUCUCGGUGGUGUUUUCGACGCUCUCAAUGCAAUCCAAACCACGGAAUGGCGCGUCAACUCCCGCGUUCUUGCUAUCCAAAUUGCCAUCUGGAAUCAAGGUGGCGAUCCCGAAUUGGACAUUCCCGACGUUAAAGACAUUCCCGAACCCCGCCAACCAACCGGCGCGGAUGCCACACACACCGUGAUGGCAGAGUACUUUGCCACUCGUCAGCAAAUCCGCGAAGAGAAUCGCAAUAUGCACAGCAUGCGCUGCACAGUUCAAUAUCAACUGUUGAUUGCUUACAAGCUCCGACACAACAGGCUCUACAUGCCAGUUAAUCUCGAUUGGCGAGGCCGCGCAUACACUGUCUCGCCCAAUUUGACUCACUUGGGCGGAGACAUGACGCGUAGCACCCUCAUGUUCCACCAACGACGGCCUCUGGGCGAAAAUGGCUUGUUCUGGCUCAAGGUUCAUCUCGCAAAUUUGUGCGGUGCCGACAAAUGCUCUCUGCAAGAUCGCGUCAAGUUUGUUGACUCGAACUGGAAGCAUAUCAUUGAUUCAGCUCGCGAUCCGCUGAAGGAGCGUGGUGGUCUCGGCUGGUGGCGUCAGCAAGAAAAUCCGUGGCAAGCGUUGGCCGCCUGCUUUGAGCUUGAUGCCGCAACCUCCCUUCCGGAUCACCGCCUGUACGAAUGCGGCCUGCCCGUGCAGAUGGACGGUUCUUGCAACGGUCUUCAGCACUACGCUGCUCUCGGCGGCGACGUGCUCGGCGCGUUGCAAGUCAACUUGCUUCCCAGUCCUCAACCAAUGGACGUCUACCAAGCUGUUGCAACCAUUGUUUCCGAGCGCAUCGACCAGCUUGCCGCUGAAGGCAAUCACAAUGCAAUCCGUCUGAAAGGGCUCGUCAAACGCAAGAUUGUCAAGCAAACUGUCAUGACCAGCGUCUAUGGCGUUACGGUCGUCGGCGCCAACGCUCAGAUUGCCCGUCAACUUGCUGCUCUUCCCCAUUUGGACGAAAGCCAAGCCCAUCAACUCGCCACUUUCCUCGCGCCCAUCGUUUUCGAAGCUCUGAGCGCCAUGUUUGCACAAGCAACCGAGAUCAAGACAUGGCUGCAAGUAUCCGCUCGCCGCAUUGCUGCUUCUGGUGACUACGUCAAGUGGGAAACGCCAUUGAAUCUCCCAGUCUUGCAGCCCUACAUCAAGUUGAGCCACGGUGUCAAGGUGAUUGAUCGCCAAAAGCAUGCAACGGCAUUCCCACCGAACUUUGUGCACUCGCUUGACGCCACCCACAUGAUGAUGACCGCCUCUGAAGCCCAUCGGCAAAACCUUGUCUUUGCCUCGGUGCACGACAGUUUCUGGGUGCACGCUUGCGACGUUACGGACUUGAAUCGCAUUUUGCGCGAGCAGUUUGUCAAGAUGCACAGCUUCCCCCUGAUGCAACAGCUUCGCGAUACUUUCAAAGCGGUCUAUGCUGAUCGAACUCACCCGAAGGGCAUCGACAAGAUGGAUCAGGACGGCGAUUCUGAGGCCGUUGCCGACGUUGCUCCCGAUCAACCAAGGCUCAAGGGCGGACACGUUGCACUCACCUUCCCCGCCCUCCCGCCUCGUGGCUCCUUGGAUUUGAACGAGGUGCUCAAGUCUGAAUUUUUCUUUGACUAG